AUGGCUCCGGAGGUAAGGGAGGACCUCCAGGAGCAAAGACGACUCCAGGUCAGCCUGCAAACGACGGCUCCGGAGGUACCGGAGUGCCCAACACCCCCCCAGGAGCAUCGACGAUUCCGGGCCUUACUCCCUUCGGAGUACCGACGAUUCCAGGCACUAAUCCUGCUGGUGAUGGCUCCGGAGGAGCACAGACGAUUCCAGGCCAGCCUGCAGGAGGCACUGGAGUGCCCAACACGCCAGGAGGCACCCUCAAUGAAAUGCUCGGAAUUGCCACCCCAGGCGUGCUUCCAGGAGGGACGAUUUCGGGCCCAGGCGGGAAGGGUGUUGGUGGUGGCUCCAGCACUAUUCCGGGAGUACUUCCACCCGGAGCGACGAUUUCGGGCACGGGAGGUGUUGGCACAGGAGGGGUUGGUGAUGGAGGCACUGUUCCGGGAGUGCUCCCUCCAGGAGCGACGAUUUCGGGUCGCGGUCGCAGCGUGCCGAAGAGAGGUGGCGGAGGCGACGACGACAGUUCACGGGCGCACCCAGGUGGCUCCAGAACCAGGUCGGGCGAGCAGCCAGGAGGGACGAUUUCCGGUCCGGGCGGGCCAAACGGUGCUGGUGGCGGAGCGGAUCUUGCAGGUGAUGGCUCCGGAGGUAAGGGAGGACCACCAGGAGCAAAGACGACUCCAGGUCAGCCUGCAAGCGACGGCUCCGGAGGUACCGGAGUGCCCAACACCCCCCCAGGAGCAUCGACGAUUCCGGGCCUUACUCCCUUCGGAGCACCGACGAUUCCAGGCACAGGCACCACUAAUCCUACUGGUGAUGGCUCCGGAGGAGCACAGACGAUUCCAGGCCAGCCUGCAGGAGGCACUGGAGUGCCCAACACGCCAGGAGGCACCCUCAAUGAAAUGCUCGGAAUUGCCACCCCAGGCAUGCUUCCAGGAGGGACGAUUUCGGGCCCAGGCGGGAAGGGUGUUGGUGGUGGCUCCAGCACUAUUCCGGGAGUACUUCCACCCGGAGCGACGAUUUCGGGCACGGGAGGUGUUGGCACAGGAGGGGUUGGUGAUGGCUCAGGCACUGUUCCGGGAGUGCUCCCUCCAGGAGCGACGAUUUCGGGUCGCGGUCGCAGCGUGCCGAAGAGAGGUGGCGGAGGCGACGACGACAGUUCACGGGCGCACCCAGGUGGCUCCAGAACCAGCUCGGGCGAGCAUCCAGGAGGGACGAUUUCCGGUCCGGGCGGGCCAACCGGUGAUGGUGGCGGUGUUGGCGAUGGGUCUGGGUCUAGUUCGUCAGUGGUUCCAGGAGGGACGAUUUCCGGCCCAGGCGGGAAGGGUGUUGGUGGUCGCUCCAGAACUAUUCCGGGAGUACCCCCGCCGGGAGCGACAAUUUCGGGCACAGGAGGUGUUGGCACGGGAGGUGUCGGUGAUGGCUCAGGAACUGUUCCGGGAGUGCUCCCACCAGGGGCGACGAUUCCGGUUCCGGGAGUGCUUCCACCAGGAGCGAAGUCGGGCGAGCAUCCAGGAGGAACGAUUUCCGGUCCAGGCGGCUCAGGACCAGGAGCGACGACUGCAGGCACAGGUGGAGUUGGUGAUGGUUCCGGCACUAUCCCAGGAGCCGGAACUAUCCCAGGAGUGCUCCCACCAGGAGCUACGGUUCCAGGUGGCGAUGGGUCUAGUUCGUCAGUGCUUCCAGGAGGGACGAUUUCGGGCCCAGGCGGGAAGGGUGUUGGUGGUGGCUCCAGCACGAUUCCGGGAGUACUUCCACCCGGAGCGACGAUUUCGGGCACGGGAGGUGUUGGCACAGGAGGGGUUGGUGAUGGCUCAGGCACUGUUCCGGGAGUGCUCCCUCCAGGAGCGACGAUUUCGGGUCGCGGUCGCAGCGUGCCGAAGAGAGGUGGCGGAGGCGACGACGGCAGUUCACGGGCGCAUCCAGGUGGCUCCAGAACCAGCUCGGGCGAGCAUCCAGGAGGGACGAUUUCCGGUCCGGGCGGGCCAAACGGUGAUGGUGGCGGUGUUGGCGAUGGGUCUGGGUCUAGUUCGUCAGUGGUUCCAGGAGGGACGAUUUCCGGCCCAGGCGGGAAGGGUGUUGGUGGUGGCUCCAGCACUAUUCCGGGAGUACUUCCACCCGGAGCGACGAUUUCGGGCACGGGAGGUGUUGGCACAGGAGGGGUUGGUGAUGGCUCAGGCACUGUUCCGGGAGUGCUCCCUCCAGGAGCGACGAUUUCGGGUCGCGGUCGCAGCGUGCCGAAGAGAGGUGGCGGAGGCGACGACGGCAGUUCACGGGCGCAUCCAGGUGGCUCCAGAACCAGCUCGGGCGAGCAUCCAGGAGGGACGAUUUCCGGUCCGGGCGGGCCAAACGGUGAUGGUGGCGGUGUUGGCGAUGGGUCUGGGUCUAGUUCGUCAGUGGUUCCAGGAGGGACGAUUUCCGGCCCAGGCGGGAAGGGUGUUGGUGGUCGGUCCAGAACUAUUCCGGGAAAACUUCCACCGGGAGCGACGAUUUCGGGCACGGGAGGUGUUGGCACAGGAGGGGUUGGUGAUGGCUCAGGAACUGUUCCGGGAGUGCUGCCACCAGGGGCGACGAUUCCGGGCACGGGUGGAGGCUCUGGAGCGCCCACGGGAGCCACGAUCUCAGGCACAGGCGGAUCCUGGCCAGCCAGACACCUCCGGGCCUCUCCCCAGCGUCGUCGAGAUUCUGGCAACCAAGGGGCACAUGCUGCGCUAUCCGAUACCGCCGGCCCAAUUUGGCAGCCAAGCUACCCCAAACCUGCAGAUUACCAACGUCCCGGGCAGCCCUUAUCCUGACUGGCUGGCCUUUGACGCGGGCACGAACACCUUGCUGGGCACUCCGCCCGAAGUACGAGACAGUCAGGUGCAGGUGAAUGCGGUGGAGGAGGGUCAGAGCCAGUUGCUUAAGAUCCACGUCGUUGAAGAUGACUCAGAGGCAGACCAGGCCCGCCUUCCUGACAUGACAUCGCAAACAGGGCAACCGCUGCGGUAUUCCCUGCCCACUUCGGGCUCUGGAUCCCAGACUGCCACGCUGGCUGGCGGAGGGCCGCUGCCAAAGUGGCUCACGUUUGAUGCUGGCACCGGUGAGUUUACGGGCACUCCUCCCAAGGAGGGGGACUUCCAUGUCAAUGUCCAGGAUGGUGGCAUGCAGAAGGACUUCAGGCUGCACAUCCGCGACGGGGUCAUUUCCGACUUGGUGGCGACGCCUGACGCACCUUUGCACUUUUCCCUGCCAACAGUCCCAGACGUGACGGCGCUGCCACCUUGGCUCCAUUUCGAUCCUGUCACACGGGAGAUUUCCGGAAACCCUCCGGCGGGCGGCGAGUUUCCCAUAAAAAUCAACGAUGGUGGUGUCGAGAAGGAGUUCACGAUCAAGACCCAGGGGGAAGGCCUGCCAGAUGUGAUGGCAGAGACUGGAAGGCCUCUGGUCUACGACCUGCCGGACGGGCAAGCUGAGGGCAGUGUGACAGUUUCGACACCCGACGGCGGACCGCUGCCCUUGUGGCUGCACUUCGAUCCGAACACGGGAAGGUUCUCCGGCACGCCGCCUGUUGAAGGCACGGUGCCGAUCGUCGUGAAGGGUGCUGGCGAUGUACAGCAGUUCAAGCUCCUGGGACGUGAUUGGAUCAACGUCCGCGGUGCCCCCCUUCCCGGCGCGGCGGCGAAAGGAAAGCUGAGAGCACCGCAGGACCCGCAAUCUGCAGCGCUUUCGUCUUCUUGGGCAAAGGGCUAG